AAGGGUGGCGCGGGGCCCGCCGGGAGCGCAGGUUCGAACAAGGCGGCGCGACCGUCCGGCAGCGACCCCCGAGGCGGCCCCGCCCGGCCACCGUCAUGAGGGCCGCUAGGGCCAGGACCCCGCGCAGGCCCAAGGCGGCGCCCGGCAACGUCCUCAAGGAUCCCGUCGGGGUGUACUGCAGAGUGCGUCCCCUGGGCGAGCAGGACGCGGAGCGCUGCGUGGAAGUGGUCAGCGACACCACCGUGCAGCUCCACCCCCCCGACGGAUACCGCGUCUUCCGCAACGGCGAGUACAAAGAGACACAGUAUACAUUUAAGGAAGUGUUUGGCACCCUUGUUACUCAGAAACAGCUCUUUGAUGUUGUGGCAAAACCUCUGGUGGAAGACCUUAUUCGUGGGAAGAAUGGUCUCCUUUUUACCUAUGGUGUGACUGGUAGUGGGAAAACGCACACAAUGACAGGUUCUCCUGGAGACGGAGGACUUCUUCCCCGAUGCUUAGACAUGAUCUUCAACAGCAUUGGACCAUUCCAGGCCAAGCGAUUUGUUUUUAAACUUGAUGACAAGAAUGGUGUGGAUGUGCAAUGCGAAGUUGACGCUCUGUUAGAGCGCCAGAGAAGAGAAGCCAUGCCAGUUCAGAAGACCCCAUGUGGCAAACGACAAAUCGAUCCGGAAUUUGCUGACAUGAUCAAUGUACAAGAUCACUGCAAAGUGGAAGAGGUUGAUGAAGAUAGUGUCUACAGUGUCUUUGUCUCGUACAUUGAAAUCUAUAAUAACUACAUAUAUGACCUCUUGGAGGAAAUUCCUUAUGAUCCAAUAAAACCAAAAUGGAACAGCUGUAACACUCCCAUGCGGAAGGGUGAUAAGUGGAACAGUUGCAGCACUCCCGUGCGGAUCGAUGACUUUAUACCACCACAAUCCAGAGUCCUCCGUGAGGACCAGAAUCGCAACAUGUAUGUUAUAGGUUGCACAGAAGUGGAGGUAAAGUCUACUGAUGAAGCUUUUGAAGUUUUUUGGAGAGGUCAGAAGAGAAGGCGGAUCGCAAACACCCAGCUGAAUCGUGAAUCCAGUCGUUCUCAUAGUGUGUUCAUGAUUAAACUGGCUCAAGCCCCCCUGGAUGCAGAUGGAGAUAAUGUCCUACAGGAAAAAGAGCAAAUCACUUUAAGUCAGCUGUCCUUGGUUGACCUAGCUGGAAGUGAAAGAACUAACAGGACCAAAGCUGAGGGAAGUAGAUUACGAGAAGCAGGGAACAUCAACCAGUCACUAAUGACUUUGAGAACAUGUAUCGAAGUUCUGCGGGAGAACCAAAUGUAUGGCACCUAUAAGAUGGUCCCUUAUAGAGACUCCAAACUAACUCAUCUGUUCAAGAACUACUUUGAUGGCGAAGGAAAAGUGCGUAUGAUUGUGUGCGUUAACCCCAAGGCUGAAGACUAUGAAGAAAGCUUGCAAGUCAUGCGAUUUGCUGAAAUGACCCAAGAAGUCGAAGUUGCAAGACCCGUUGAUAAGCCGCUGUGUGGUUUGACACCUGGUCGCCGCUUUAAGAACCAGGCCUUUAAAGACGAGCUCUCACGGAAACUUGAAGCUCGUGGUGGCCCAGUGAUUGGAGAAACAGAAGAUCAAUCUGUCACAGAAAUGUUUCUGCAAAACUUCCCUCCAUUGCCUUCAUGUGAACUGCUGGAUAUUAAUGAUGAUCAAACGCUUCCAAGGCUGAUUGAUGCCUUGGAAAAGCGCCAUAGAGCCAGGCAAAUGCUGUCAGAAGAGUUUGCUAAAAACGCGCUUGCAUUUAAAAGUAUGCUGCAAGAAUUUGAUACCAAAAUGGUAUCGAAGGAAAACUUUGCUCAAGGAAAGCUGGCUGAAAAGGAGAAAGCGAUAGCAGGACAGAAAAUGGAGAUUGAACGACUAGAGAAGAAAAACAAAACGCUGGAGUAUAAGAUUGAUAUCUUGGAGAAAACAGCUACCAUUUAUGAAGAAGAAAAACGUACUCUGCAGCAAGAAUUGGAGAGCAAGAGUCAGAAAUUGCAGCGUCAGGCAUCUGAUAAACGCAGGUUGGAAGCACGGUUGCAAGGCAUGGUGGUAGAGACUACAAGCAAGUGGGAGAAAGAGUGUGAGCGGCGGGUGGCAGCAAAACAACUGGAGAUGCAGAACAAGCUGUGGGUCAAAGACGAGAAACUGAAGCAGCUGAAAGCCAUUGUUACUGAACCAAAGCCUGAAAAGCCAGAGAGACCUUCACGGGAGAAGGACCGGGAGAAGGGUCUUCAGAGAUCUGUCUCUCCGUCACCAGUACCUCUUUCUAGUAACUAUGGUACUCAGGUCCCAAACAGCCUCCAACUUAUGAGCCAGCCACAGAUGCAUAGACGUUCUAACUCUUGUAGCAGCAUUUCUGUGGCAUCCUGUGUUUCUGAAUGGGAGCAGAAAUUUCCUUCACACAGCAAGCCUACCAGUGUCACACCUAAUGCAAGGAUUAGACAACAGGAACCAGAGCAAAAUAGAAACUGUGUGUCAGACAGAAGGCGAGGGAUGUACUGGACUGGAGUCACUGAGGUUCCCAGCCGUAGAAAUCAGAUAGACGUAGAAGAGGACCAAUGCUGCAGGAACCCACCUCCAGUUCGGCUCAGGCACAGACGGUCGCGCUCGGCAGGGGAGAGAUGGGUAGAUCAUAAGCCAUCUUCUAACGUGCCCACUGAAACAGUCAUGCAGCCACAUGUCCCCAAUGCCAUCACAGUAGCAACCGCGAGCGAAAAGGCACUAGCUAAGUGUGACAAGUACAUGCUGACACACCAGGAGCUAGCCUCCGAUGGGGAGAUUGAAACUAAAUUAAUUAAGGGUGAUGUUUUCAAAACCAGGGGUGGUGGACAGGCCGUCCAGUUCACGGAUAUAGAAACUCUGAAACAAGAGUCUCCAACUGGCCGAAAGCGAAGAUCAUCCCAAUCCAGUCCUAACCCACCAGAAGAUGGUGCAGAAUCUGAAUGGACAGAUGUGGAAACCAGAUGUUCUGUAGCUGUGGAGAUGAGAGCAGGAUCUAAUCUUGGACCUGGCUACCAACAUCAUGCUCAGCCCAAAUAGGUGCUGGCAGUGCUGUGGAAGUGACGUAUUCAACUCAGGGGAAGAACAUUUGCAGUUUUACAAGACUUGCUUACAGGCAGGAGAGAGGGCUUCAGAGGUAAAAGGGCUUCCCGUGAAAUGGUGGAGAAAGGGUGACCAGCCAAAUCGAAUACAUUUCGGGCCCAAACAGAAGUUCUGCAACUCUAGGAUAACACAUUUUGAGCUAAGGCUAUAGUCUCUGGUGUGCUUUUUCACCACCUGAAAACCAUGUUUGUCAGUCCACUGUCUCAGCAGAAUAAAAAGCAAACCUGGUGCUUGAGAGAGGGUGUGGUAUCUGGAGGCUAGGUAUUUCAGUUCUGCCUAUGACCAUUUCCCUUGCAAUGGGCACUGGCGUGCUGUGGUCUAAAGCUGCUGUGUGCUUUCCUGGGAAUAUUUGGGCCUGAUCCUGCUCUUCCUGAAGCUAAUGGGAGCUUUACAUACUGCUUUUCUAAGUCCCAAAUGCCCUGGUACUGCCCGAGGCAGUCUGGUUGCAUUGAAAAUUGGUCGUUUUGGUCUUUAUUGUGCCAUAGGAAAGUAUAUUGUGGAGUGAACAUUUGCUGUUUCAUCAGCUGUGUUAAAUAAUGCUUACCUUGAGAGGCGUGUUAAAAUAUAUUUAAUAAAAUGCAUCCCACUGGCAGCAGGGGUCAGCAAUAGAAGGCCCACGGGCUGCAUCUGGCUCGGAGCCAUUGGAGCCAGGGGGCUUUGCCAUUGCCAUGCUGGGGAUAGGGCCGAGGUCAGACAGAGUUGGGCAAAUGACAGCUGCGCCCAUGCUGUAGUGGGGAGAAGCAGAAGUAGUGAGGGGGCAGCUUGCAGCUGCCUGCCCUGGCACAGCUCCAGUCCAGCUGGAGGGUUGUCUCCGCCCAGCUGGGCGUUGCAGAGGGUGAGGGGGGCCUGGGAGAAGCCACAGCAGCACCUGGCCCUGGCAUGGGUGCAGGGCACCACCACUCUUCCCGGCUUUGCUCCCCUCCCCUUGCUGCUGAUGUGUUGCUGAAGCCUCCCAGGGUACGUAAAGGUUGCCAGCCCCUCAUCCGUGCUAUCUCCAUACAACCAGAUGUGCAAAGCCCAGGUAAAUUUCUUGGCUGCCAUUAUGAGAAAAAGAUGCUCUGAGAAUCAAACCGUUGAUCUGUAUGUUAC